AUGCUGCAGUUCACGCAGCUGUUCAUGCAGCGUUGGCAGUCGUGGGCACCUCUCAGCCACAGCGCCUUCUCCCAAACCUGGAGUGUUUUAGGCCCCUUCCAGAUCGGCACCCGAGGCAUGCCACACACCACGCGCCCUUUGAUCUGUGUGAUGCGCGCUGAAUCUCAUGCUUGACCAGAGGCUGCGUACGGCGCCGAUCCUUUGCACUUCCUCGGUGGCUUCCACACGCUGGACUAUGACCCAAAUGCCACCUUCGCCAGCUCGCUCGCUGCCAAUGCCACCGUCUCCUGGUCCAACUUCACCGCCGAGCUUCCUGUCCCCGGCGCAACCUCUGCAGGUGCCUCUCUGGACGUGAGCUUUCCACAUAUCGAAUGGCAGAGUCUGCGAGAUGUGUACGGCUGGGCUGCCCUGCAGUGGCAGGCCUGGGCCAGAGGUGAGAUAGAUGUACAGUCUGACGACGUGAUCCUCGUCAAUCUCUGGACCCCACAGGUACUGGAAUUCUGGGUUGACGACGUGCACUACUUUGGAGGAGACUUCUACUCUUACCAGACUGUGCCAGCAACGUUGCGCUUGGCGCCUGGAAUCCACCGUGUCGACGUGCGCCUUGUGAGAGAUGUUCGAGCCAUGGGAGGCGUCGGCGAGCCAGACAUGCGGAUCAAUCUCGAACUUUGGGAAAGCUCAAGUGAUUUGCGGCCAGUCGUACACCCUCCUCGCUCUGGAGUCCUCAUAUCGGACUACAUUGGCACCGACCAAGAUGCGAUUCUCGCGAGCCCUCACGCAUCUGUGAUACUACGCAAUGACGGAAUGCACGAUAUCACGGUCCAUGCGGUGGAUGUCAAUCAUAAUCAAUGCUUUUCGAAGCUCACCUCUGAUGGGGUAUCGCUAGUCCCAGGCCAAUCGCGACCCGUGGGAUUCCGCAUCGAAUGCGUCAGCCCGCCUCCUCCAUAUCCUACCGUCGAACUUCGAUAUACCGUUGAUGGCAGCGACGGAAUCCAAUCAUUGGCACUUGCCGCUGAACCCGAGCUUCGAACUAUCCAAGAGCCUCACAAAGUCACCUUCCUGAACGCUGCUGGUGGGACCUCGUAUGCGAUGCUUCGUCCACCUUCUCGAAAGGCUCUCAGGACAGUUGAACAUGACAAGCCAUUACCUGUAAUCUUGGUAUUACAUGGGGCCGGAGUUGAGGCAGAGAGCGAGUCCAUGAGGCACACACUUGACGCUCUACCAGAUGUCGCUGCGUGGACUCUGUUUCCCACCGGAGGCACCUCGUGGAGUGGCGAUGACUGGCAUGCCUGGGGCUUUGCGGAUGUUGAAGCUGCUGUUGCUAUGAUCCCUGCAUGGAUAGAAAACACCCAAUGGACGGCCAACCGCGUCGACACAGACAAAUGGCUCGUCAUCGGCCAUUCGAACGGCGGGCAGGGCACAUGGUAUGCCCUCACGCAUCGGCCAGACAAGGUAGUGGCUGCAGCACCGCUGAGUGGCUACUCGUCGAUCCAAAACUAUGUACCAUACACCUUGUGGCAACCGACGGAGCCAGGUCGUACUGCAAUUUUGCAGUCUUCUCUUGCCACGUACCGGCAUGAAAUGUUGCUGGCCAAUGCGAAGAGUAUUCCAGUCUUCCAACAGCAUGGUGGCGCGGACGAUAAUGUUCCGCCAUACCAUUCGAGGCUUAUGAGCCAGCUGAUCCUCGAAGCAGAUGCCAGCAGCCAGUAUGUCGAGUUCCCGCGUGAGCCGCAUUAUUGGGAUGGCGUGUUUACGACCCAACCGCUCAGAGAGUUCAUCGAGGGUCAAAUAAACGUCGCCAUGUUGAACGCAACAAGACUGCCGCCUUCUUCACUUGCCUUCAGUCUGGUGGUCGCAAAUCCGGGAGAUACGGGAUCCAAGUAUGGCGUCAAGGUGUUGCAGCUCCGUGUCGCUGCUCAGCUUGGGCGCAUAGAUGUGCUACUCGAUCCCGUGGCAUCGAUAUGCAAGAUCGAAACGACAAAUGUGUUCAUGUUCGGUCUGUCUCAAGACUGGGGUUCUUGCGAACUCGUCAUGGUAGAUGGUCAAGAAUUGACAGCGACACCCUUUCAAAAUGUAUUCUCGUCCACCAUCGUCAGGACGGGAGAUCAAUGGAAAAUCGCAGAAAUGCUCCCCUGUUGGCGAUCUCUGCGCUCCGGCCGACAGUACGGCGCUAUGGACGCCAUCCUCCGUACCCAUGGUGCAUUCUCCAUAGUCCACCACACCAACUCUUCCACAACCAAUCACAUCGCCCUCCAGAUCUCCCGCAAUUUGUGCCAGUACUUCUCAGCCGACACCGAAAUCACAUCAGACUACAAAGGCGCGCUGAACUCCUCUGGCAACAUCAUCAGCAUAGCAAUCGGCAACGACCUCCCCCCAGACGUUUACGGAAAUCACCCUAUACAGGUCGAAGACGAUCACAUCUCUCUGCGUGCAUACGGGAGGAGAAUGAGAUAUGCGGCAUCCGCAAAGUCCGGGCUGGCAGCUAUCUAUCUCAGGGCACUGCCAGACGAACGCCUAGAACUGGUCGUCUGGGGCAUCGACGAGCAAAGUCUGCCCCUCGCCGCGAGAAUGGUGCCCAUGAUGACGGGAAGCGGACAACCGGACUUCGUCAUUGCUGAUCGCACGAUGCUCUGGAAAGGCAUCGACGGGACACUCGCUCUCGGCUUCUAUGAUCACGAUUGGGAAAUCUCAAAGACUUCGUUUCUGUCUUGA